ACAUCAUCACACACAAAACAACCAAUCAAAGCAUCAAGAUUAAGUUCUAAGCAAAAAGAGAGAGAAAAAGAAAAUGUCAGACAAGCAAAACCUAAGCUACCAAGCCGGGCAAGCCACUGGCCAGACUAAGGAGAAGGCAAGUGGUCUUAUGGACAAGGCCAAAGAUGCUGCUGCUUCAGCUCAAGACUCCAUGCAACAUGCUGGACAGCAGAUGAAGCAGAAGGCACAAGGAGCUGCUGAUGUGGUCAAGGACAAAACUGGCCUGAACAAGAACCAUUGACAACUUUCAAUUUUAAUUUCUAAUAUAUCCUCCUCUCUUUUGAGUUAUUUAAUAAAGUUGGAAGUGUUUUUUUUUGGGUAAUUUUGGAAGGGGUUUUAAUUUAUAUAUUUAAUAGAUUUUGUUAAAAAAAUAUUUAAUAAAUUUGGGAGGGUUUUUAAUUCUCAUUCCUGCUGUUUCUGAUGUUAUUUCCCUGAUUUUUAUGUAAUUUUCUCCAUAUAAAAUAUCUGUUUUUUUU